CAUAGGUUGGAAUCACGGACUGAGCAGAGACUCCUCUGUCGGUCCUCUGUUUUCAAGCGUUGCGUCUAUCUCUGUCCGUUCUUCCUGUACUCCACAGCAACUCCUAUCGCUGGAAUUCUCACAGUCGACAGAAUUUCUCUGCUGCAUAUGUCAGAGAUGAACCGAUUCAGCUCCUCACUAAUUAUCUCCAAGUGCUCAGGUAAACUUCUCUGAUACCAUGUUAGAAUUUGAGAGAAAGAGGAGGAAGGAGAGUGCACGCACGGAUUUACGUGGUUCGGAUUUGUAAAUCCUACAUCCACGGCAAAAACGUCACGCAGUCUCGCUCUGGUUUUCCAUUACAUUAUUUUCCAGACUUACAAGGAAUGGAUAUACGUUGGGUAAAGAUUUACAAUAAAAGAAUAUUUCUCAACGUCCCAUUAACGGCUAGAUGAGGCAUGAAUGGCAACAGUAGCAGAGUUAAUAAGGAAGGAAAACUUGCCAAAUCCAUGCGUGAUGUUGCAACGGUUUUCUCAUCAAGAACGAACCCAGUCUAUGGCUGCAGACCCUGCAACUUCUACAUCCACAAAAACUGCGCGGAGCUGCUCCCUUACAUCCGCCACCCAUCCCACGCUUCUCACACCCUCACCCUCGUCCACGCCUCCCCUUAUCUUCAAGGCACCAGCGAAUGCGACGCCUGCUGUAAGCCCAUCGACAGCAGCACCGGCUUCUCCUACCAUUGCACCCAAUGUUCCUUCGACCUCCACACCCACUGCGCCUUCCUGCCUCCCACCAUCAACAACCCCAGCUCCGGCCACCCUCACCUUCUCUCCCUCCAAUGCCCCGAUGUCUUCUCUUUCGCUACCUACAAGUGCGAUCUUUGCCGGAAAAUGAUUCCAACGAAGGCUUGGCUCUACUAUUGCUCACCGUGCGACUUCCAAGCCCACACCGCCUGCGUACUGGCCCUCCUAGGUGGUUCCCCGUUGGGUUCAGCUGCGCCUCGGCCUAUGGAGGGACAACCGACUGAAGCUGGCCGGCCACCGAACCCACUGAUGACAGGCCUGACGCCGGCCGUUUGCCCUGGUCAAGUGGGCACGCCUAAUUGGCCCAUGGGUGGACACCCAACUACUGCAGCCGGCCAGCCACUGAGUGGCCAGACGCCGGCGUUUUGGCCUGGUCAAGUGGGUGCGCCCGGUAUCUCUUGCGGGCUAGAUCCCAGUCAUAAUCAUGCAUCGGCGCCGGCCCAAGGGACUCAUGCAGGAAACUAUGGUUUCGAGGAGUGGAAGAGAGUGGAUGGUAGUCAUCACAUGGAUGGACAAACAAUGGCGCCGGGCCAGCCACCGAACCCACUGGGGGGUUCGACACAGACCAUUUGGCCUGGUCAAGUGGGUGCAUCAAGUGGGCUCGACGCGAGUCAUGAUCAGGGAGUGUCACCGGUACAAGGGACUCAUGGAGAAAGCAGUUUUGAGGAACCGAAGGGAGCAAACAAUAGUCUACAAAACCAUGGCGAUAGUGUGGCUAGUGAUCACACAGGGACUUCAAGCCAGGCUGAUGUUCCCGAAAAGACCAGCAGCAAUGGGCAGCAGGGAGAGGUUCCUGACUACGUUGCUCUGCAACUCGAAAUGAUGAAGUUGCAGAUGAGCCUGAAUGUGGCCCAAACGACGAAUAAUAUCAUAAGUAACUGGGGGCGCCCACGGCACUAUUGGACUAUGGAAGGCUAUCCUCCACAAGAGAUGGGCUGGAUCCAGCACUCCAGUCAUCUUCAUGCUCUGCAGCUCAUCCCCUCCGACCAUACCCACCCGCAAACCCGCUGCUGUCAGCUGACGGCCGCCACCGGGAGACCGGACCCAGUCUAUGGCUGCAGGCCCUGCAAUUUCUACAUCCAUAAGACCUGCGCCGAGCUGCCCGCUUAUCUCCGCCACCCUUCCCACCCUUCUCACACCCUCAUUCUCGCUCCAACUCCCCCUUACCUUCAGGGCACCGCCCAAUGCGACGGCUGCUGGAAGCAAGUCAAUGGCUUCUCCUACCACUGCACCAACUGCUCCUUCGACCUCCACGCUCAGUGUGCCUUCCUGCCUCCCACCGUCAACCAGCCAAGCACUAAUGCAGCCGGCCGGGCACCAAACGCAGUGAGCAGCAUGCCGCCGGCCAUUUGGCCCGGUCAAGCGGUUGCACCUUGGCCCAUGAAUGGACGGCCAGAACCUACUGCAGCCGGCGGCCAGCCCUUGAACCCACUGAGUAGCUUGACGCCGGCCGUUUGGCCUGGUCAGGCGGGUGCACCGGGUCACGUGUCAAGUGGGCUCGACCCCAUUCACGGCCAGGGUGGUGGUGUGUUGCAGAGUACUGGUUCGGGCCAUUAUCCAAGCCAAGCCGACCAUCUUAGACUGAUUAGGAAUGCGGCUGCUGCUAUCGCUGCUAUUCAAGCCAACUCAGCGCAAGCCUGUCUAGACCUAAUUGGGUGAUAUCUUUA